AGAGGAGGAAGAGGGCCCGGGGAGCGGAGCGGGAGCUGGCGGCGCCAUUUUGUUUUUUUUGAAAGUUGGGCCGUUAGCGGCGGUUAGGAUUUGAACCUUUUCCCUCUUCCCCCCCCACGGGCCGGGCGGCAGAGGCCGGCACUCGGAGGCGAGGAUGAGCGGCCUGGACGUCAAGCGGUUGAAGGUGGCCGAGCUCCGGCAGGAGCUGCAGGAGCGCGGGCUCGACACCCGAGGCCUGAAGGCCGAGCUGGCGCAGCGGCUGCAGGAGGCCCUGGACGCCAAGAUGCUGAACGACGAGGCGGGCGGCGACGAGCCCAGGCCCAGCAAGACCUACGGGCCGACCCCGACCGACGGCGACGAGGAAGCGGGCGACGACGACAAGCUGCUGCUGGAGGAGGACGAGGACGAGGAGGAGGAAGAGGAGGAGGAGGACGAGGAGGAGGAGGAGGAGGAGGAGGACGGGCCCGAGCCGGCGGCGGCCCCACAGCCCGGCAGUGAGCCGCGGCCUAGCGAGGAGGAGGAGGAGGAAGAGGGGGCAAGGGUCGGCGAGGAGGAGCAGGAGCAGCAGCCCGAGGCCCCGCGGCAGGAGGUAACGGAGGCCGAGGCGCACCAGCCGCUGAAGGCCGGCCCGGAAGAGGAGGCCAUGGAGCAGGAGGCCGCGCCGGAGCAGCAGCAGCCCGAGGCCGAGCAGCAGAACGGAGACAAGCCGCAUGCUGCGGCUCAAGCCGGCAAACAGAACAGCGAAGCUGGAGAGGGUGCGAGUGAGCAGCGCGCCUCGGGCAGCGAGGGACGGCCACCCGAGUCUGAGCGCCGGGGACAGAAGCGGCGCCACGAAGACCGUGGUCGUGGCUACUAUGAGUUCCGGGAGGAGACAAACUACAACCGGGGCAAGUCCCCCGUGCCUGCGGCAAAUGAGGAGGCUGAAGAAGAAUUCGAUGACAGUUUAGUUUGUCUCGACACCUAUAACUCCGAUCUUCACUUCCAAGUGUCGAAGGACCGCUACGGUGGGCAGCCUCUCUUCCCUGAGAAGUUUGUCUACCUCUGGGGCGGUGCACGGGCGACCUAUGGCGUGUCGAAGGGCAAAGUCUGCUUUGAGGUGAAGAUGACCCAAAAGUUUCCUGUGAAGCAGGUGACUGAGAAUGAAAGUGAACGACACCUUGUGCGUGUGGGCUGGUCGCUGGAUAGCUCCUCACUACAGCUGGGGGAUGGAGAGUUUUCCUUUGGCUACGAUGGAGCUGGGAGGAAGUGGAGAAACUCCGUGUUUGAGAAGUACGGAGAAAAGUUUGAUGAAAAUGAUGUCGUCGGUUGUUUUGCUAACUUUGACGGCGAGGAUGUGGAGCUCUCUUUUUCGUUGAACGGUGCAUGUCUUGGGGUUGCCUUCACAGUCAGCAAGGAGUCUUUGGGUGACAAGGCGUUGUUCCCACACGUCCUGACUAAAAACUGCGCGUUGGAGUGUAACUUCGGUCAGAAGGAGGAACCGUUCUUCCCUGUCCCAGAGGAUUACACUAUCAUCCAGAACGUUGCCCUGGAGGACAGAGUUCGUGGAGCAGUUGGGCCCAAGACCAGGGAUGCGUGUGAGGUUCUACUGAUGGUUGGCAUGCCAGGGGUUGGUAAGACCACCUGGGUGAAGAAGCAUGUGGCUGAGAACCCAGACAAAAGAUACAACAUACUGGGAACCCUCAACAUGCUGGAUAGAAUGAGGGUCAAGGGGCAGGAUGGUCCCGAAAUGAGCGUGGCACUUCGGAACACUCUCAUCCAGCAGGCGACCCAGUCAUUGAACAAGCUGAUCCAGGUCGCUGCUUGCAAGAAGCGCAACUACAUCCUCGAUCAGAGCAACGUGUACAGCUCGGCCCAGCGGCGGAAGAUGAUCCCGUUCAAAGGCUUCUCCCGCCAGGCGGUGGUGAUCUGCCCGAGCGACGAGGACUGGAAGGUCAGAAUGAAAUUGCGGCUGACGGAGGAGACUGAGGACUUGCCGGACUUCGUGCUGCAUGAGAUGAAAGUGAACUUUACAUUUCCGGAGACAAGUGACUUCCUGGACAAGGUUACUUAUGUGGAGCUCGAGAAGGAGCAAGCCAGCAAGCUGAUGAGCAAAUACAAGGAGGAGGCGAAGAAAGCCCGGCCACAGCAGGAGAAGCGGCAAGAUCGGCGUAAUUACCGUAACCGCAAUGACCGCGACAGGAACUACGGUGGCAACCGCAUGGCCAGAUGGGACAACAGGAACUACGAUCGGUCGCCAUAUGGUCAAGGCUGGGGUCAAGCCUAUGGCAACAACCCGGCAUACAGGGAGGAUUACCACAAAGCCUACGACCGCUACAGGCAGCAGUAUGACCGGGGUUACACGCAGGCCUACGACUACCCCAGAUAUCGGGACUAUUAUCGCGAAUACACUCGUGAGUGGAACCGCUACUACGACGAUCGAAGCCGCUACUACGAUGAUCGAAACCGCUACUACAACAACUACAACAACUACUAUGGCUACCGAUGAAAGUGUGACUGUACGCGUGCGUCCCUAGCCCGUCUCCGACAUAGUUUCAUUCCAGUGGAGCGCCAGGUGGCUGUGGGGCUUUUACUCAUCCUUUUUGGCUAGUGUUAGAUGUUCUGUUUUUAAUUUUAUUUUUUACUCCUUUUAACAAAGUGAGUGCCUGGCUUUACGGGGCAUUUCAGCUUCUUCUUCAGCAGACAAACCGCAGUAUCUAAUCUGGAAUGUAUAAAACAGGCUGGCCCACUUCCCCUGAUUGUGCACAUGCCUACGUUAUUACUCUCUCUCUCUCACACACACACCACACCCACACAGUCUCCCCCUCAUACAUAUAAAUCCUUCAUUGACUCUCCCUUUGUCCUGCUCUGUGGGUGAAUUAUCCCCCCCCCCCCCCCCACCACCCCUUUCCCUGGGAGUGACGUUCCACAGCACUGGCAGAUUCCUGAUUUCUGGGACGGGAUGAUGGAGGUUCAGUGGGUGGGGGGGUGGUCUUUCCUGUGCUCACUUCUGUGAUUAUCAUUGGCUUUGGAUCCUUGGGUGGGAAGCGGCCCCCAUCCUGUGCCAGCGGGCCCCGUGGUACGGAGCCAGGCGGACAGCUACCGCCGAGUCAACCUGGCUUCCGGUGAAGAGGGCAUGCCGCGGCUGGGAAGCCGCACAGGCCUGCCUGACCUUCCUGUGCCGUCACUCACCCCAAAGGUUUUCAGGUUGGCAGCCCGAGGCCUCCACCUCACUGGGACGGUCCGGCAGCUCUGCUGGGAAUCCUGAAGCCAGGGAGCCGUUUUUCUCCUUUUGGUUUGCAGCGUGCCCUGAGGCAGGCUGUGGAAAUCUGCUGGCCUCUCUUCACCACCACCCCAUCCACAUACCCCCCCACCCCAUUCCAAAACCACAUCGAGCUUCCAGAAACAGCAGAACCACCCCCCCCCCCAACCCCAAAUUCCCAGUGGGGUCUACUCAACCAGCACUUACACAGACCGUCUCUAACUCUGAGUCUGGUCUCACCAACCUGCUCAGGUUUAGCUGAACCUGACGCUGGCACCUCCCCCUAAAGCCGGCACCCCCUGCAGCUCACGGCUCGGAAAAUCCAGAGCUUCCCGUGUGAGCCCGUCACAAGAUGGCAACAUCUGUACCCCUUCACUGGCGGAGCAGAUCGGGGGAGGGGGGGGUGGUUAGCGCACUGACUGCUUUGUUGUUGGGACUUAGUACUUGAGCUCAAGUUUGGUGGCAAGUGGAGAGGGGUCUUAAAAAUGGCCGGUCGUGAGAACGCACUGUCAGUUUGCAUGUCUCCGCUCGCUAAUAGAUGUGGCUGUAGAGGCGCCGAGGUUUUUUCUUGAGUAGCCAGUACUCAAGUAGUCAAGAUCAGGGUGGAAGGGAUUCAGAUUUGCCCCCUGCCAGUUUGGGAUGGGUUUGUUUCCGGUUGGUAAUCAUAGGACUUGGACAGGGAGAUGGGGGGUGGUGCGGUUUCGUAGGCAGGAGGAGAUCCUCUCUUAGUUUUAGUCUGGUUCUUCUGUUCUUUGUCGCAGUAACUGUUAGGCUGCUUGCCUCCCGAGCGAGCCGGGGGGGUCUCGACAGGCCCCGGGGCGCAGCGGGGGGUCAAGCACCACAGUGCACUCGCUUUGGCUAUUCACAGCGCUUUGAACUUUGUACAGUCUCCUGCCAUGGCCUUCCAGCAAGCUUUUUUUUUUGAUUCGUCUGCGUGUGUUUCUUAAUUUUUACAGAAAAUUUUGCUUUACAAAACUCGAGUGAUGUUUUCCAAUCAUCAGCGUGCAGGUUAUUAAUUGUAUGAUGCAGCCUUUUUAAUGUCCAGUUUAGGGGAGUUUAGGGAGGGAGGGGUAGAAGGGGUGGGGCAUGGUGGGAGGGUAGAGAUGGGGCUGUUUUUGGUUAAAUAAGUUCACCAUUCCUUCUGAUUUCCUUUCCUUCCAAUCACCGCGCCGUGUGGUGGUGCUGGAGGGAGGGUUCUAUGGCUGGGUUGUGGCAUAAAACCAACCUUGCUUCCGACAGCUAUGGUCUUCUGAUCUGCGACCGCACUAACCGGCCUCCUUGGUGUGCUAACCAGGAAUGCUUCCCAUCGAUAGCAGUCCCGUAGGGGAGGAGAGCACAGUAGGCAAGUAAAACAAGACUGAUAGAGGCAAAGCACUACUUUCUGGGCUCCCUCCUCAGUCAGUACCCACGUGAAGUGUCCUUUCUAAUCAUAGGACUUGGCAGAACCUUUUAGCCUUUCAAAGGAUAUUUGGAAGUGGGCGAAUGGAAGCAGAGAGAGUCAAAGUGUUUAGCGCAAUGGUUUGGCUCCUUAUCCUGUGGUUAUAGUCUUUUAAAAAUUCUCAAAUUCUGCACAGGUUGUAUACAGAUACUGUACAUAUCUUUUCUAGAGUUAUUGGGAGUCACACGGAAGACACGGCGAGAGAGAGAACGCUGUGACCUGGCAGCAGCCGCCGUCUCCCGCGUGCGUGUGAGAGAGAGAGAGAGCUGCAAGGAACGCAGGGCUAGAUCCCGUAGCAGAAACCUGGCCCCUCGAACAUCACAAAAUUUGUGCUUUCUUGGGCAAUUUCCAAAAGGCUGCUCGGGCGUGUGGAUUGUACCAGUGCAGUUCCCUGUUCUUAGCUGCUUUGUGUGCCCUUAUUGUUCACCGCCGGGUGUCGCGUGUGUGGUCCCCGAAAGCACAGGUUGUCCCAUCCCACAGUCUCCUGCGGCCUUCAUGUCCCUACGCCUUUCCGCUCCCCCUCCCCCCUCCUGUGGAAGUGACCAGUCCUCCUCCGGCGUGACUGUAAUGGGUGUCUUCCUUAUCGGUGGGAGGGAGUUGUUCCCCCCCAUGCACCCCAACUUUCCCUGUGCCUCCUCCCCCAGCCAUCUCUCCCCACUGCCCAAACAGAAGUUGGUGCACUCAGUCUGUAAUAAACCUCCAACUAACUCUGCCUACUGUUGAAGCACUUGCUAGAUUUGACACGGCAAUUUGCUCCUGGAUCUGUGUUUGUUUCUUCUUUCCCCACCUCCUGAACAAAGGUCCUCUAUGUCCGUCCCCCCUGCACCGUCAUUCCAAGACACCAAACCCACUGAGCUGCUCUCUGUGAUUGAGUCAGUGUUUAGCACAAAAUGAAGUGUACAUUUACGUUCAAACUGUCUGUUGUCAGGUGUCAUUCGUUCAGUUUUGUGUGGGACACAAUUUAUUUUUAAAAGAAAAGCCUAUCUUUGUGUAAUGUGUAGGAAAUGCUCACAGCAACAGAGAAUGUCUCCGUGAAUUGUGUUUUCAAAAAUUGGAAAGGUAGUGCUACCACUUAAUUGACCCCAGGAUCUGCUUUGGAGCAUUUGUGAUACGUCACUGAUUGAGCCAAGGGUCGCUGGGAUAUUUGGCCUUUGAAAGACACCUUGUCACAAGAGGGACAGGAUUACCCCCAGCUGGAAUAUAACACCAGGAUAAUGAGCUGAACGCAAUCUAAGACAGUCGCCCAGGCUCCCAUCUACCUGAGCAGUACCACUGGGCUGCGGCCAAUUCCACACACACACACAGAGAAAGGCAUUUAAAAGCCAAAUCUGACCACCGUCCUAAAACUGAGUCCUAUAAUUACAACUGACACUUCACCAUAGCUCUUCCAUCGGGUGUGAACAGACUAUGUCACCGACCCGGCUUUACAGAGUGAGACCCUGAAGACCACACUCCCACCUUGACCCCAGUUCAGUCUUCUCAAUUUCUAAUGCUGACUUGCAUCUGUUUUUAACUCUGGGUGGGACGGAGCGAGGGUGGGUGGGGGGGAGGGGAGGGAGAGCCUAUUGGCGAUGCAGGCAAACGGGACUGUCUGGUAUAAUAAAUGUGUGUACAAUGGAGUUUGUGUCUGUAAUUGGGCACAGCGCUGCCUAGCGGUAGUGAAAUGUUAAGGUAGUAUAAAACUGAGAGAUUUUAAAUGAAAAAACUCAGUAAAUAAAAGGAUUUGCUGUA